CCUGACCGUUCAUUAUUUGUCAUUGGUGAAUUCUCCCUGUUACGGCGGAGGGAGCAGUCGUCGCGAUGGAUCGGCACUUCAAUUCAAAUACAUAUUUCGUGUUUUGAAGACAGCAUUUUGAAAUAGAAGAGAUUUCGUUUUUACUUAAAGCACACUUUGUUGUAUUGUUUUUACGUCAUGGCGGACCGUGGCGUGGAUUUCUCCGGUAUACCAAAAGAGGUUCGAGACCAUUUGGCGGAGUUGGAAUUGGAGCUAUCGGAAGGUGACAUCACACAGAAGGGCUAUGAGAAGAAACGAGCCAAGCUGCUGGGCCCCUUCCUCCCUCAGAUCACCAGUGUGGUGCUGGCUCUCUCAGACAUCCAGCAGCAGGCGUCCUCUGGCCCAACCAGUGGUGAACCCAGCCGUGACUGUAGUCCUGAAGCCCCUGGCCCCUCAUCUUCCUCUGGGGGGCGCAGAAACCGCAGCGGUGGGGCCAGGGACGACCGCUACAGAUCAGAUAUCCACACGGAGGCAGUACAGGCAGCGUUGGCCAAACACAAGGAGGAGAAGAUUGCACUGCCCAUGCCCACCAAGCGCCGCUCAGCCUUCGUCCAGUCACCUGUAGAAAACUGCACCCCUCCAGGUCACUAUCAUAGAGUUAAAACUAUGUUCUAUGUAGGAUUGCAAAAUUCCACAAACUUUCCCAAAAUGUUCCAGAUAUCCUGGUAUGGAAGAUUCCUGGAAUUUCAAGACACAUCGUCAGCGUCUGAGGACGAGGGUUCCCUGCGUCGCCAGGCAGCUCUGAGUGCAGUGCUGGCCCAGAGUCUCCAGAGCCCAGACUACUGGAUCAACCGAUCAGUGCAGAGCUCCUCCACUUCCUCCUCCACCACCUCCUCCACCUCCUCCACCCUGUCCCACGGAGAGAAUAAGACCCCCACUUCCGCGCUGGCCGACAUACUGGCGAGCACACGCAUCGAGAACAGUGUCCCCCCAGACGUGACAUCCUCAACCCCUGAGAGGCGUUCAAGGGUGGACUCCAGAGUGGACCUGCCCCCCAAUGCUAUGCCCAGGGGGAUGCCCCGAGGACAGAGCCGCACCAGCAUGCUGGAUACCACCGCUGACGGUGUACCAGUAAACAGCCGUGUGUCCACUAAGAUCCAGCAGCUACUCAACACUCUGAAACGGCCCAAGAGACCUCCGCUCAGUGACUUCUUCCUGGACGACUCAGAGGAGAUCGUAGAGGUGCCCCAGCCGGACCCCAACACCCCCAGGCCAGAGGGCCGUCAGAUCAUCCCAGUGAAGGGGGAACCCCUGGGGGUGGUCAGUAACUGGCCCCCGGCCCUGCAGGCUGCCCUGGCACGUUGGGGGGCUUCACAGGCCAAGAGCCCCGCUCUCACCACCCUGGACGUUACCGGGAAACCCCUCUACACGCUGACGUACGGUAAACUGUGGAGCCGCAGUCUGAAGCUGGCCUACACUCUGUUAAACAAACUGGGCACAAAGAACGAACCUGUCCUGAGACCUGGAGAUAGGGUGGCGUUGGUGUACCCUAACACUGACCCUGCGAUGUUCUGGGUGGCCUUCUAUGGCUGUCUCCUAGCAGAGGUCAUCCCUGUACCCAUAGAGGUGCCACUGUCUCGACAGGACGCAGGCAGUCUUCAGAUUGGCUUCCUAUUGGGCAGCUGUGGGGUGGGCCUAGCCCUGACCAGUGAGAUCUGUCUUAAAGGACUGCCCAAGACUCCCCAGGGAGAGAUCAUGCAGUUCAAAGGUUGGCCCCGUAUGAAGUGGGUUGUGACAGACACCAAAUACCUGACCAAGCCAUCUAAAGACUGGCAGCCCCACAUCCCCACCGCCAACACAGACACAGCUUAUAUCGAGUACAAGGCUAGUAAAGAGGGGACGGUGAUGGGAGUAGCCGUGUCUAAAAUAGCCUUGUUGACACACUGUCAAGCCCUGACACAGGCCUGCAACUACUGUGAAGGAGAAACGUUGGUCAAUGUCCUUGACUGUAAGAAGGACAUGGGCUUGUGGCACGGGGUGCUAACCAGUGUCAUGAACAGGAUCCACACCAUCACUGUACCCUACGCUGUCAUGAAGGCCUGUCCCAUGUCCUGGGUGCAAAGAGUCCACAUACACAAAGCACGUGUAGCCGUGGUGAAGUGUCGUGACCUCCACUGGGCUAUGAUGGCUCACAGGGACCAGAGAGACACCAACCUGUCCUCCAUACGCAUGCUCAUAGUAGCUGAUGGCGCCAACCCCUGGUCUGUGUCGUCAUGCGACGCCUUCCUCAAUGUGUUCCAGUCUCACGGGUUAAAGCCAGAGGUCAUCUGCCCAUGUGCCUCCUCUCCUGAAGCUCUCACUGUAGCUAUACGCAGGCCUGGUGCUCGUGGUACAGCCCUCCCUGCCAGGGCCAUUCUCUCCAUGGGCGGGCUGAGUCAUGGGGUCAUCAGGGUCAACACAGAGGACAAGAACUCUGCCCUCACUGUGCAGGACGUAGGCCAUGUGAUGCCUGGAGCUCUGAUGUGUAUCGUGAAGCCAGACGGGCCUCCACAGCUCUGUAAGACCGACGAGAUCGGAGAGAUAGUGCUGAACUCCAGGGCUGGAGGAACUAUGUACUACGGUCUACCUGGAGUCACCAAGAACACCUUCGAGGUGAUUCCUGUGAACCAGGCUGGAGCUCCGAUAGGAGACAUCCCCUUCACUAGGACUGGCCUGCUGGGCUUCGUAGGGCCGGGAAGUCUGGUGUUUGUAGUGGGGAAGAACGAAGGGCUCCUGACGGUCAGUGGUAGACGACACAAUGCUGAUGACUUGGUGGCCACAGCCCUGGCCGUGGAGCCUGUCAAAACAGUCUACAGGGGGAGGAUCGCCGUGUUCUCUGUGACGGUGUUCUAUGAUGAGAGGAUAGUGAUUGUAGCAGAACAAAGACCAGACGCCAGUGAAGAGGACAGCUUCCAGUGGAUGAGCAGAGUACUACAGGCUAUAGACAGUAUCCACCAGGUGGGUCUGUACUGCCUAGCCCUGGUCCCAGCCAACACGUUACCCAAGACCCCCCUGGGUGGGAUCCACAUCUCUGAGACCAAACAGAACUUCCUAGAGGGGAACCUGCACCCCUGUAACAUCCUCCUCUGUCCGCACACCUGUGUUACCAACCUGCCCAAACCACGGCAGAAACAACCAGUUGGAGUGGGCCCGGCCUCCAUCAUGGUUGGUAACCUGGUAGCAGGAAACAGGAUGGCCCAGGCUGCAGGCAGAGAGCUGGGCGUGGUGGAGGAAGAGGGUCUGGUCAGGAAGCACCAGUUCCUGUCUGAAGCGCUACAGUGGAGAGCCCAGAGUGACCCUGACCACGUCCUGUAUGUGCUGCUCAACGCUAAGGGGGCAGCAGUGUGCACAGCCACUUGUCUUCAGCUGCACAAGAGAGCAGAGAAGAUAACCUCAGCCCUGAUGGAGAGAGGAGGCCUCAACACUGGGGACAACGUAGUGCUGCUAUACCCCCCUGGCAUUGAUCUGAUAGCUGCGUUCUAUGGCUGUCUGUAUGCGGGGUUGAUCCCUGUAACAGUGCGGCCCCCUCACCCCCAGAACCUGGCUGCUACCCUGCCCACCGUCCGCAUGAUCAUCGACGUGAGUAAAGCUGCCUGUAUCCUAACCACCCAGCCCCUUAUGAGGAUCCUCCGGUCCAGAGAGGCUGCUGCCAGCGUCAACAUCAAGACCUGGCCCACUAUCAUAGACACAGACGACCUCCCCAGGAGGCGGCCCCCCCAGCUCUACAAGCCCCCCACAGCAGAGAUGCUGGCCUACCUGGACUUCAGUGUGUCCACCACAGGAAUGCUGACCGGGGUCAAGAUGUCCCACUCGGCGGUCAGUACACUGUGUCGCUCCAUCAAGCUGCAGUGUGAGCUCUACUCCUCACGCCAAAUAGCCAUCUGUCUGGACCCCUACUGCGGCCUGGGCUUCGUACAGUGGUGCCUCUCCAGUGUGUACUCGGGUCACCAGUCCAUCCUGAUCCCUCCUAUGGAGUUGGAGCUGUCCUUACCUCUGUGGCUGAGCACCCUGAGCCAGUACAAGAUCAGAGACACCUUCUGUUCCUACUCUGUCAUGGAGCUCUGCACCAAGGGCCUGGGCACACAGACUGACUCUCUCAAGGCGCGGGGUAUGAACCUGUCCUGUGUGAGGAGCUGUGUGGUGAUAGCAGAAGAGCGUCCCCGGCUGGCCCUGACCCAGUCCUUCUCCAAGCUGUUUAAAGACCUGGGCCUCUCCCCCCGCGCUGUCAGCACAGCGUUUGGAUCCAGGGUCAACCUAGCCAUCUGCUUGCAGGGUACAGCUGGACCAGAUCCCUCCACCGUCUAUGUAGACAUGAAGUCCCUCCGCCAUGACAGGGUGAGGUUGGUGGAGCGAGGAGCCCCACAGAGUCUUCCCCUCAUGGAGUCAGGCACUAUUCUUCCAGGGGUGAGGGUGAUCAUCGUGAACCCAGAGACCAGGGGUCCGUUGGGGGACUCACAUCUAGGAGAGAUCUGGGUUCAGAGUCCCCACAGUUCCAGUGGCUACUACACCAUCUAUGGAGAGGAGAGCUUGCAGGCGGACCACUUCAACACGCGGCUGAGCUUCGGGGAGCCCCACACCCUGUGGGCUAGGACGGGAUACCUGGGCUUUGUCAAGAGGACCGAGCUACUGGGGUCCACCGGAGAUCGUCAUGACGCUCUGUUUGUGGUGGGCCAGCUGGAUGAGACGUUGGAGCUCAGGGGGCUUCGCUACCACCCCAUCGACAUCGAGACCUCUGUGUCCCGGGCACACCGCAGCAUCGCUGAGAGUGCUGUGUUCACGUGGACCAACCUCCUGGUGGUAGUGGCAGAGCUGGCCGGGUCUGAGCAGGAGGCCCUGGACUUGGUGCCUCUGGUGACCAACGUGGUUCUGGAGGAGCACCACCUGAUUGUGGGCGUGGUGGUCGUUGUUGACCCGGGGGUCAUCCCCAUCAACUCCCGGGGAGAGAAGCAGAGGAUGCACCUCCGGGACUCGUUCCUGGCCGACCAGCUGGACCCCAUCUACGUGGCCUAUAACAUGUGAGAUGUGAGGAGGGCCCAGGCCCCAUUCACACUGGGGUGGAGGCUGGCUAUGGGGGUCCACUGGGGUGGAGGCUGGCUAUGGGGGUCCACUGGGAUGGAGGCUGGCUAUGGGGGUCCACUGGGAUGGAGGCUGGCUAUGUGGGUCCACUGGGAUGGAGGCUGGCUAUGGGGGUCCACUGGGAUGGAGGCUGGCUAUAUGGGGGUCCACUGGGGUGGAGGCUGGCUAUGGGGGUCCACUGGGGUGGAGGCUAGGGUAUAGAGGCUCUGAGAGGGAGACGCUAGACACAGAGAGGGGGCUGGGGGGUGGACCGCUCCUCCCAAGAACGGACCACUCACUCACUCACUCACUCAUCUGGCAGUGGGACAGGGUGGCAAGACAGGGCAGGAGUAGCAUUGGUGGAUGGGCUUGGGCUUGGUUUAGCCAUCCUGUUCCAGUAAUUCCUGCCCCAGUGUUCUUUCUCUCUCGGCCAGAGUCUACUCUCUAUGAAACAGAGACUGUUUAUUAAGGCUGUGGGUGGGAGUGAAGUUAGAGCACGUCUGUCUGCAUGGGGUUUUGCUGCUUCUUACUGGUGCUUAUCCAACCACUCCCUGCCUCCCACUGACAGAGUAGGAAGAUGAUUGGUUUCUCCUCUUUGAUUGACACUUGGGUCCACCUAUCAAGUAGAUGUUUGCCAAUACCCUCAUCCACUGUCUCUCCCCUUUUUCUCCCCGACUGCUCCUAACAAUGAUUUUAUCCCCAGACAUUAUUAUUGUGGAUCUUGUUUUCUAGAAGAAAAUAGAGUAGAGGUGUGUUUCUCAUAGCAAUCCAUUCCCUGGUUCAGCCUGUACCCUCCUCUCUCAGCCUGUACCCUCCUCUCUCAGCCUGUACCCUCCUCUCUCAGCCUGUACCCUCCUCUCUCCUGAGUGGUCCACAGUCCGUCAUGUUGGUCAGGAUAGGACUGUGGAGUCAACGUGACGAGCUGGAAGCUUCCCCCCAUGCACUUUAACCUUUCCUUGUCCUCCCAAAUCUGUUUAUGCCGUCUGGCCAACUCCUCAUGAGACAAUGACCAAAGGAUUUGGAAAGACCUGGGACCAUGUGUAUUGUACGUCCCAAAUGGCAACCUAUUCCCUAUAUAGUGGGCCUUGGCCUUGGCCAAAAGUAGUCCACUAAAUAGGGUGCUAUUUGAGACGCAACCUAUAUGUCCCCUGGAUUGUCGAUGGGAGACUCUGACCUCGACUCACUUCCAUUUUUCUUCAAGAAACGCAGAACUAAACAAUAUCACAAACAAUACAAUAGCAGCAGUAAGUACAGCCGACUGAGACAGACAAACGCCUGCACCUCAGUAGCUCUACUAACUGCUGAGCUGGGAUUCAUCGGCCAUCUUACGUGUCUGUCCCAUAGAUCUAGGUUUGUUUUUUUACACUUUACUGCUAUGUUAAAAGCUUUUAGAUGUGCUAGAAGAAUUCACUUUUAAAACACACUUGUCAUUGGUAUGGAAUGAAAAAGAUGUGCAACAUAAACAUACCAGCAGCAAACUCGCACAACAGAACAGACAAUGGGGACAAUAUUUGAAGGUCUUGAUGUAUGAGCAGGAAUCGUUCUCUCAUCGGUCAUGUAAAUAAAAUGGACUCCUGUUUAACUGUAAUGCUGUUUUAUGGGGUCAGGGUUAUAUGUAUGUACGGACAUACGACUAAACUGCUGUAGAUAUUUAUCUUUACACAACUGUAUUUAUCGUCAUUAUUUAAAUAUCUAGCAAGCACAAAAUACUGGUAAUAUGGAACAAUAAACUUGACUUCUGAUUAACUUGCUGGCUGACUUGAUAUCAUGGAGGCUCCUCUGCUGAAUCACUAUCUUAGCUUGAAUAAGUAUCAAGUCAGUCAGCUACUGGCCUCUGUCACAGGCUUUCAGAUGGCAAAGCCUUGGUGUCCGUGGCUAGUCAAUUGCUAGGCUUGUUUGUUGAUUGUGGAGUGCCCACUGAGUCACCAUGGGGAAUCUAUAACUCACUAGCUUCACAUGAGGGUACAUCUGGGAUGUCGGAAGACUGCUGUGCCUUUAAAUGCGGAAGACACAUUUCAGUUGAAUUCAUUCAGUUGUACAACUGACUAGGUAUCCCCUUUCCCUUUGUUUUGUGCCAUCAUGAAACGUGACAUCUUCAUAAAUCAAGGACUUGGUGAAUUACCAAACCCAGUUGGCAGUGGGUAUAAGAUGAGGACAAAUUCUUGCCUUAUAAAACCUGUGGAACUUGUAAUACUUUUACUGUUUUUAUUUGUGAAAGGUUUGAAUGGAAUUAUUCUGAUUGUAUUAUGACUAGAUAAGGGAUUGUGAAGGGUAAGAUGUUGAACGUAUAGGGUAUAUUUUAGAGGUCAAAAAUUGUAUAACUGGUGUUACUGUGUACAUUGAAAUUAUGAACUUAUUCUUUGUUCAUAAAACUUGACUGAUCGUUCAUACUUGACAGCAAAUUUCUGCAUCACAGACUUAAUCGUAGGCUAAGUAACACAUUGCAAAAUUAAAGGAAGCGUAUCAUAUGGUUUGGCAGGUGGUAACAAUUUGCACUUUUCCAUAUCAUUACUGGUGUGUGUGAUCGUAUGGUUUAAAUGGUGACAUCGUUUGCCUUUCCUUGUAGAAAAAAAGUUUAAUUUCCCUUUUUAAUUAAAUGAACAUCAAAAUAUUGAACAAUAUUUUUGUUCCAAAAUGCCAGCUUCUUUUUUGUUGAUUGGCCUAUUUUAUGUCAUUCACUGUAAUGUAAUUUUUUGGGGACAUCACAAGGAUCCAGCCUAGCAUCAAACAAUUUUUAUUCCAUCCAUCCAAAUGAGAAAUUCAUUAUUUAAAUGAUUGUAAUGUUUUUCAUGCAAGAUUAACUAUCCUACAUUUAACAGCACAACUCGGUGCCAAAACAAAAGCCUUGUUUGAUUUAGGAAGUUGUUAAAACUACUUGAAUGACAAACAUUGUAACUUAAGUCCAUCUUUAGAGUAAAGUUAAAUUUAAUGAUUUAAUGUUGAACAUAUUUUUGGGACUAUUCUGUGGUAUUUGGCUUUCUUGCCAAGCUGCUACUGUAUCAUUCCACCUUUGCAUGUUUAAAUCAUCAUCUUAAAGUGGUGUGACCAUAGAAGUAGGAGGAAUUUACCACUGUGUGAGCGGUUCCAAGCCCGUUCUACCCAAUCUAAUUCUAUGGGUGUGACAACAUGUUGUCCUGCCAUACAGUCAUUAGACACAUUGGUGCUAUCCAAAACUGGAAAUAAGGGAAAAGUUUUUUCAAGAAUCUAUCCAUGGACAAACCUAGCUUGAGUUCCAGCCUAUUUGUACUAUUGUGCCAGCUCCAAUUGGCAAAAUCACAAACAGGUAUGGGACCAGGCUAGGACAAACGAUCAGGAUUGCCAAUAUUUCCAUAUAUUUUGUAAUAAACACUGUGCCAAUUCCAGUAAACUGAAAACAAUAAAGGAUGUUAAGGUUUUGGUCUAUUGUAAGCACAAUGUACUGUACUUGUGUAGUGAUAAAACAAUAUAUUUCAGAUGAUUAAUGUUAUUUGUAAACCUCAAGGGCCCAAAAUAUAUAUACCUCAAGGCUGUUCACUAUGCAUAAAUGCUGUACAAGAUCUUUUCAAUAUAGUCAGUGAUGCAAUGAGUUACAACUCAGAGGCAAACAUGUCCUAUUUGACCAGCGUUCUGUCAUGUUGUCAAUGGGGAUCAUUUGUUUUCUAUUUGGUUUAGCAAAAUGAAACAAUAAAAAUCUGCUUUUGUCA